AUGAUCAAUCGUCGUUUAUGUUUUGCUGUCUUAGCUAUAACAUUAUUUGUUUCGGUUUUACAUGCUGAACGUGCUCGUAAUAAUAAUCAUCAACAUGAUGAAGAAGAUAUCGCCUUUGCAAGUAACAAUGCAGGUAGGGUUUCACCAACUGGAAAAGGCUCAGUGUUUGGUCGUAAGUUUGGCAAAAACAAAAGUGGUAGUUCUGUAAUUAAAACUGCUGGCUCACAUCGAACUAAUGUUAGUCAUGCAACAAUUAAAUCAUCGAAAGAUGCCUGUGGUCUUACCAAUCCAUGUAAACAUGGUGGUACAUGUAAAACAUUGUCAAGUGGUAGGUUUUAUUGCUUCUGUUCACAAAAUUAUUACGGAAGAACUUGUGAUAAUAAGCAUAUAUCAGCCGGUUCAGCUAAGAAAAAUCGUGCGCGGAUAGAUCAUUGUGCUAAAUCACCUUGUCGUAAUCAAGGUGAAUGUGUUGGAUUACGUACAACAUAUUAUUGUAGAUUUAAUCGUAUAAAUGAUCAAUGCAGUGGUGCUAAUCCAUGCAAAAAUGGUGGUACAUGUAAAACAUCGUCAAGUGGUAGAUUUUAUUGCUCCUGUCCACAAGAUUAUUAUGGAAAAACUUGUGAUAAUAAAUUUAUAUCAACUGGCUCAGCUAAUAAUGAUCAUGCACGGAUAGAUCAUUGUGCCAAAUCAUCUUGUCAUAAUGGAGGCAAAUGUGUCGGAUUACGUACAACAUAUUAUUGUAGAUGUAGAUCACCUUACUAUGGAAUGAAUUGCGAUAAAGAGCUUGGGAAAAGUGAAGCAAUCAUUGAAUAA